GCUUCGGCACCGUCUCGCGCACGGCCGUUACUCCUCAGGCGGUGGAGAGCGCGAGGAUGCGGGCGCCGCGCGACGCAGAAGGGUUGUUUCUGAGGAGCCGCUUUUAACGCACAACCAAGCGUUUUCCUCUCGUCGUAGGAUUAUUAUUAUCAUCUUUUAAACCGAGUUUCUUUCAGGAUGACGCUCUUGGAUACGUCUGGGUGAUCGUAUUAUUUUUUUUUUACGUAAAGGGAUAAUUCCAGUCAGGAAAUCGUCAUAUAUUUUGUAUUUUAACGAACUAAAUAAAUAGGUAGUAAUAGGGCGGUGCUGUGGUCGCGUCAGUUUUCGGCAAGGUUUUACUUAGAAGAUUUCUGGAGACGUAUAAAUAUUAUACAGAUAUACAUUUUGUCCAUAUAUUUUCCAGUAUAAGAUUCUUUUCGGCGCCGUUUCCUGCUGAGGUGUGAAAAUCAUGUCUUUUCCUUUGAACAAAGCCGCAUCCUGCGGCUCCUCUCCGCUCUGACUCCACACCAUGGUGCCUCUCCUCUCCUUCCUCCCCUUUCCGCUCCUCUGUCUCCUGCUCGGCCCACAUUGGAUCUGCAGCAGCACUCAAAGGCUGGAUUCCGCUCAUCGUUUCGAUGAUUUAAUCAUCCCCGACUCCGGCAUCAGCUCUUAAAGGCGAACAUUCAUUCACUUGGACUCGUCCUGCGGCUUUUCGCUCUGCCUACUCUUCGCGGGAGCUCGGCAUGGAAAACGAGGUGUUCACUCCGCUGCUGGAGCAGUUUAUGCUCAACCCGCUGGUGACCUGGGUGAAGACUUUCGGGCAGCUGGCUGGCAAAGAUGGCACCAAACUUUUGGAAUACGUCGAACUGGUGGACGGAGUUUAUCUGAACGACAUCAUGCUCCAGAUAAACCCAAAAUCUGACAUUCAGAGAACCAACAAAAAGGUUAACAAUGACUCCACCCUUCGGAUACAGAAUCUAUCCAUUCUCAUUCGCCAGAUCAAGUCGUACUAUCAGGAAACACUACAACAGUUGAUCAUGAUGCCUCUCCCUAAUGUGCUGGUGCUGGGCAGGAAUCCACUUUCUGAACAAGGACUGUAUGAAAUGAAGAAGUUACUACUGCUGCUGUUGGGCUGUGCAGUUCAGUGUGACAAGAAAGAAGAAUAUAUUGAAAAGAUCCAGAACUUAGAUUUUGAUACAAAAGCAGCAAUUGCAUCUCACAUUCAAGAGGUGACCCACAAUCAAGAGAACGUGUUGGACCUGCAAUGGGUGGAAGGUGGAGAGCUUUCCCCAGAGGACCUGGACUCCAUAUCCAGGAACAUGGCCUUCCAUCUAAAACGUCUGGUGGAUGAGCGGGAUGACCAAUUGGAGACCAUUGUGGAGCUGACCCAGGAACGUGACUGCGGCCAAUGCUCUCCUGCAGUGGCCUGUGUCCAGUCCCCUGGGGAUUCCCCCAGCAUGCGCCGCACUGAGAGCCGCCAGCACCUGUCUGUGGAGCUUGCGGAUGCCAAGGCUAGGAUAAGACGACUGAGGCAGGAGCUGGAGGAGAAGACUGAGCAGCUGAUGGAUUGCAGACAGGAGCUGGAGAGCAUGGAGCUGGAACUGAAGAGGAUCCAACAAGAGAACAUGCAGCUGUUAGGUGAAGCUCGUACAGCUAGGGCCUAUCGUGAUGAGCUUGAUGCCUUGAGGGAAAAGGCCAUUCGGGUGGACAAGCUGGAGAGUGAAGUUGGACGCUACAAGGAGAGACUGCACGAAUUUGAGUUCUACAGAACCCGGGUGGAGGAAUUGAAAGAGGACAACCAAGUGUUGUUGGAGACCAAGACCAUGCUGGAGGACCAGCUGGCAGGAUCGUGGGCACGUGCCGAUAAAUUACACGAGCUGGAAAAGGAGAACCUGCAGCUUAAGGCCAAGCUCCAUGAUCUGGAGAUGGACCGGGACAUGGACAGGAAACGCAUCGAGGAGCUGCUGGAGGAGAACCUCAGCCUGGAGAUGGCUCAGAAGCAGAGCAUGGAGGAGUCUCUGCAUCUGGGCUGGGAGCUAGAGCAGCUUUCCAAGACUCCAGAGCACACAGAGGUACCACAGAAGUCACUGGGCCAUGAAGUGAAUGAGCUGACUUCCAGCCGACUGCUGAAGCUGGAGAAGGAGAACCAGGCUCUGCUGAAGACUGUGGAAGAGCUAAAGGGAACAACAAACCCUGAGGACAGUGCUGUCCGCUUGCUUAAAGCAGAAAAAGAGAACCAGAGGCUCACUGAGAAGUUGGAGCAGCUAGAGAGUGAGCUGAAUGCUGAGAAGCAGAGCUUGCAGAGUGCAGAGAGCCUCAGUGGGGACUUGAUGAAGGAAAAGGCUCAGCUAGAGAGGACCCUGGAGACCCUGCAGGAGAACUCAGAGAGACAGGUGAAAGUCCUUGAGCAAGAAAACGAACAUUUGAACAAGACCAUUGCUUCCCUGCGGCAGCGCUCCCAGAUCAGUGCUGAAGCACGGGUCAAAGAUGUGGAGACAGAGAACAGGGUACUGCAUGAGUCCAUCAAAGAGACCAGUAACAAGCUCAGCAAACUUGAGUUUGAACGUAGACAGCUGCGCAAAGACCUAGAAUACUACAAGGAGAAAGGAGAGCGGGCAGAGGAGCUGGAGCUGGAGGUACACCGGCUGCAGCGGGAGAAUGAAGGUCUACAGAAACGUGUAGCUGCCCUUGGAAUCACCUGUGAGAAGGUGGAGACUCUGGAGCGAGAGAAUGUGGAGUUGGAGGCUGAGGGUCGGCGAUUAAAGAAGAAGCUGGACAGCUUUCGCAACACAGCCAUCCAGUUGGAGGCGUUGGAAAAGGAAAAUUCCCAACUAGAAGAAGAGAACCUGGAGCUGCGGCGUACCACCGAGGCCCUUCGUUCAGCUGGAACUAAGGCAGCCCAGCUGGAGCUAGAGAACCGUGAGCUAGAGAGCGAGCGGAGCCAGCUGAAGAGAAGCCUGGAACUGCUGAAGGCCUCUUCCAAGAAAACAGAACGCCUGGAGAUGAGCUGCCAGGGCCUGGACACAGAAAACCAGCGCCUGCAGAAAGCAUUGGAGAACAGCAGCCGCAAAAUCCAACACCUGGAGGGUGAGUUGCAUGAUGUAGAAACGGAGAAUCAGAGCCUGCAGAGGAACCUGGAGGAGCUGAAGAUUUCCAGCAAGCGGCUGGAGCAGCUGGAGAAGGAAAACAAGGUUCUUGAACAGGAGACCUCGCAGCUGGAGAAAGACAAGAAGCAGUUGGAGAAGGAAAAUAAGUGGCUUCGGCAGCAGGCUGAGAUUCGGGACUCCAAGUUGGAUGAAGACAACCUGCGCAUUGUUCAUUUGGAGAAAGAGAACCGAUCCCUCAACAAGGAGAUGAGCAUAUUUAAGGACUCUUGCUCUAGAAUGAAAGACCUGGAGAAGGAGAACAAGGAACUGGUCAAACAAGCCACCAUUGACAAGAAGACACUAGUUACAUUACGAGAGGAGCUGGUGAAUGAAAAACUGAAAACCCAGCAGAUGAACAAUGACCUAGAGAAGCUAACACAUGAACUAGAGAAGAUUGGCCUUAACAAGGAAAGGCUUCUCCAUGAUGAGCAGAGCUCAGAUGACAGGUACAAGCUGCUCGAGUCCAAGCUGGAGUCUACCAUGAAGAAGUCUCUAGAGAUCAAAGAGGAAAAGAUUGCUGCCCUUGAGGCCAGACUGCAGGAGUCUUCUAACCUCAACCAGCAGCUGCGGCAAGAGUUGAAGACAGUGAAGAAGAACUAUGAGGCACUGCGGCAGAGAGAGGAGGAGGAACGCAUGAUGCAGAGCUCACCACCUCGGGUUGGAGAGAAAGCACAGGUGGUGAGCAAAUGGGAGAAGGAAAGCCAUGAAGCCACUCGUGAGCUGCUUAAAGUCAAAGACAGACUGAUUGAGGUUGAGAGAAAUAAUGCCACCUUGCAGGCAGAAAAGCAGGCACUGCGCACACAGCUGAAGCAGCUGGAGGCCCAGAGUGAAAACUUGCAGGCACAGAUUCUAGCCUUGCAGAGGCAAACAGCCUCACUGCAGGAGAACAACACAACACUGCAGACACAAAAUGCCAAGCUGCAGGUGGAAAACUCCACCCUGAAUUCUCAGAGCGCUGCCCUGCUGGCACAGAAUGCCCAGCUUCAGAGCCAACAGUCUAGCACAGAAAGUGAGAAAGAAAGCGCAGUGCGGGAGAGAGAGGAAUUGCGGGCCACCUAUGAGUUGCUUUUACGUGACCAUGAGAAGCUGGCUGCGCUACAUGAGCGCCAGGCCAUAGAGUACGAGGCGCUCAUCAGCAAGCACGGUGGCUUGAAGUCAGCACACAAGAGUCUAGAGCUGGAGCACCGUGAACUGGAGGACCGGUACAACCAGCUGCUGAAGCAGAAAGCUCAGCUGGAGGAGCUUGAGACAGUGUUGAAGAAGGAACAGGAGAAGAUGGUCUCAGAGAGCAAGAGCCACGAGGCUACAGCAGCUCAAUACCACAAGCUGAAGGAUGAGAAUGACAGGCUAAACCAGAAAUACCUCCAGCUACUGAAGGACAAUGAGGGACUGCAGGCAGACCACAAGAACCUGAAGAGCCAGCUGAACAGUUCCAAGCUGGAGCAGACCCGUCUUGAAGCUGAUUUCUCCAAACUAAAAGAACAGUACCAACAGCUGGAUAUAACAUCCACCAAGCUGACCAACCAGUGUGAGCUGCUCAGCCAGUUAAAGGGGAACCUUGAAGAGGAAAAUAGACACCUGUUGGACCAGAUCCAGACUCUAAUGCUGCAGAACCGGACCCUGCUAGAGCAGACCAUGGAGAGCAAGGACCUCUUCCAUGUGGAACAGAGGCAGUAUAUAGACAAGCUGAACGAGCUAAGAAGGCAGAAGGAGAAGCUGGAAGAGAAGAUCAUGGAUCAGUACAAAUUUUAUGACCCCUCACCACCAAGGAGGAGAGGCAACUGGAUCACACUGAAGAUGAAAAAACUGAUUAAGCCCAAAAGCCGAGAUCGAAUCCGUUCUCUGACACUGACACCUACACGCUCCGAAUCCAAUGAGGGCUUUCCGGGCCUGCCACCUGCCGACAGUCAGGACAGCUCCUCCAUGGGUUCCCUGGAUGAUUCCCUGUCCCACAAGAGGAGCAGCAGGAAGAGAGGUCAGAACAUCCAUUUGCAGUGUCCUUCAAAUGUGACCGCACUGAAAAGGUUGCCCUUUAUGAGGAACAGACUGAAGGAAAAGGAUAAAGUCAAGGCCAUCUAUCGCCGUUCCAUGUCCAUGAACGACCUGUUGCAGUCCAUGGCCCUGGCGGGGGGUCCGUGGGCUGGUAGCUCUGAGAACCUGGAUGAGCCUGAGGAGGCAGCCAACAGACAGCGCCUGAAGGAGCUGGGAUCCAUGGCCUACUCCACCACGGCCAUCAACUACGCCACUCUCAACCUCCCCUCUGGCCACAGGUCCAAGCAAAGGCUUAAAGCCAAAGACAAUGCCUCCUGUGAGGAUGUUGCACCAGCAUCCUCAGAUGAUACCAAUGGACCCAGAAGCCAAGCAGGUGCAAUGAAUGGCAACCACAGCCGCCCACAGAGUGAGAGCAGCGGUGAAUUCAGCUUGAGUCUAGACAACGAGGGCUGGUCCAGUGGCAGCAGUCCUGUUCAACAGCCCUUGUCCCAACGCUCAUCACGCCAGAGCCCCCUGCCCUUUCGCAAGAGUCUGGAGCCCCCGUCAGCACAGGCUAGGAAGAAGGCUGCCUCACCAGGAAGCGAGGUCAUGUCCCUACAGCAGUUCCUGGAAGAAAGCGGCAGCCCAGCCGAGGGCAACAGUCAGGAGAAUGUCACCACAGAGCCAUCUCAACCGCCUGCAGAGUUGAUGGAACCUGCACGACGUGACCGUGGGGAGGGGGGCACUAGGGGAAUCCUGCGUUCAGCCAGUGGCAGGACUGUACCAACGGACUCCAGUGCUGACAGCCGGACGCUGAAGUCUGGCCAUGGUUCAAUAGGGCGUCCCAACCUUCGCAAGGCAGAGAGUACACGGGUGAAGGGUUCUGCUCAGGUGCGACCUACCCUGAGUGUCCAGAGCAAGGCCAACUCCGUGUCUGAUCGCUUGGAUGCCUCAGCCUCCACCUUGCCCCGUGCCAGCAGCGUCAUCUCCACUGCUGAGGGUUCUAGCCGCCGCACAAGCAUCCAUGACUUCAUGUCCAAGGAUACACGGAUGCCUGUCUCUGUGGACCCCUCCCCCUCGAAGGCCAGGGCCCGCAGCCAGGCCAUGCCCAGUGAGUACCCUUCGUGUACUGAUCCCCAGGCACUACCCCACUGCACGCCCUCCCAGGCUCCGUACGGUCCUUCGGCAUUGCCCAAAUCCACCAGCCUGCCCCUAGCUGGCAGCGACCCCCAGAAACAGGGGCCGGCACUGUCCAGCCUGGAAUCAUUCCUGGGCUCCACAUUCACUGUGGACUCAGUCUUUAUGGACACGAUCUUCAGCGAGCCAGUGUUCAACAGCACUGGUAAGAGCCAGACAUUUCUCUCCCUCAACACCUCCCUGGUCAGUAACAUCAGCGGUGUUCCUGUGAAGCCAGCCCCCUGGCCUGGUAAAACAGAACAUGAGACCCAGCAGAACAUGGGCUUAAGCCCCAGUCCACCUGUCCAAAGGGCUAAUGACCACAGUGUCAUUGCCACUGGCCCAGAGACAGCUGACCCACAGGCUCCCACCCUGACCUCUGAGGACAGCCAGUCCUUGUGGUAUGAGUAUGGCUGUGUGUAAAUCCAGCCUUGGAGCAGUGGAGCAUCACCACAGUGCAUUCAUAUUCAUUCAUAACAUCACACUAACAUUUCCAAAUGGAGUGCCCUGAGAAAAAUAAGGUGCAGAGUAAACAGGCUGUUUCAUCUCACCUAGUUUUUUAAUUAUUUUAUUUUAAACGGUCUCAAAGGUGUAUUGAACAAGGCACCUGUGUGCUCUCCUAGCCUUACAGUGACUGUUUUGUGUUGGGUGAAUGCAGUAAAGGCAUUGCAUUACUGGGUUGGUGUCUGUCAGGUGACUGACCGUGAAUGCUGCCCCUGUGGUUUGUCUUCUCUGUGGGUGUCUGAAAGCUUCAAUGUGUUCAGUUAGGGCUUUAACUGGUUCCUAGUAUUACCCUUUUACCCCUCCUGCAACUUAUUAUACUGUAUUUCCUCAUGCAUGUAUGGUUAGUCAUUAAGAGCUAAUCGGUCUUUGAUCAUGAUUUUUCUUAAGGUUUGCUUUAUUUAUCAUUAAAUGCUUCUUGUUUUGUCAUUCUUUCAAGGAAAUAGUUGUGAACAGAACAUUGAUAAUGUUUAAUUAAACUUAGCCUUUGCGUUAGCUGAAGUCCGGUGAACAAUGGCUGGGCAGCUAAAGAGCAAUAAAACCGUAAUCUUGUCAAUAUAAUUAGUGACUUUGGAAAGAGGAACUCAUAACAGGCAUCUGAUGUGUGGGUUCAUGGCACCGUGAAUUCAUGUAAAACCUUACCUUCAAAACGGUUGCCUUAUUCUUGAUUGCUGUGAUUACUCUGUAAACAAUUACUGAUCAAUCCAUGUAUUAAUCAUGCUGAUGUAGAGAAGGCUCUGCCAAGACAAUGAACUUGACCUAAUUCUAAUGCCCUUCACAGUAGAAUCCAUUGAUUCAAAAUGUGUAUUUAGAAGGGAAAUCUGGAACAGAUGAGGUGUUUGUGUUUCUGCUAAUAGUGGUGGAUGAUGGCAUGAGUUUUAAAGUGAAGUAACGAGGCUUAUCGAGUAAGCUACAUGUUCCAGCCCCCUGGCUGUCUUCUAUUAAUUACAUUGCUUCUUAUAUAUGUAGCAUAGUUAGUGACAUGAAGCCUUCAGUUUGUUUCCCUGAACCAACAUUUUUGUAAUUUAUAUAAUUAAAACAUUUUUUUUUUUCUUUAUUUUAUGUAAUUUCAUGGGAUGGGGAAUUUUGUGGAAUGUGGUUCCUGGUGUUGGAACUGCAUGAAGUCUUUGUUUUUUUCUUUUUUUUUUCUGGGAACGAUGGGGGUUUGCUCAUGUACUCUCACAGGAUAUUUGCAUGUUUUGUCAACUGCUAGACUACCAUUUCCAUGUGUGAAUGUCAAGAUUCCAUUCUGAUUCAUGUGAUUACUGUGUGCACCAAGUGUAAAGAUCACUUGUGUGUCCUGUUUACUCUGCUCACUUUCAGUCAAGACACAGUCCUCAUGCUUUUUUCAACUGAGGGGAUAUAAUCAGCAGGCUGUUCUGUUAUCCAUAAAAGAGUUACACUUCCUAGUGACAAAAUGUGAUUAUACAGAGUAUUUCCAUCAUGGGGCCUGCUAGAGGCAGGUUGCAGAACCUUUUAUAAAAGUGUGUAAAUACUUGCAUCUAAAUUUUACCAUCAUAUAUGGAAAAAGAUCCUAGAAACUAAAGUUUUGUGUACUGACCCCUGGUGACAGUUUGGGUACAUAUAAGCAAUAUGGCGAAAUACAUCUGAUACAGUGAGUUCAAAAUAUGGCAUUCAGUGAAAGAGGACUUUUUAAAAUUUGUUUUAUGACAGUAUCACAAAGGUGUUAUGGUCACACAAAUUAUGUUGGUAAAUAAUGGAAAUGCCUUUAUUCUGCAGAUGUGGAGGGUUUUCAAGAGCGCAGAAAGGCAAAAAGCAGGAGCGGGGAGCGGCAGAGCUCCUGAGUAUAGCUGCCUGCCACUCGCCCCCAGCGUGGUGGGCUAAAGUGGUGAGUUUCUCUUGAUAAAGGAAGGGUGUGUCCAUCUGUGGAAUGGACCAUGGUGCUGGUGGUUAAUUCACUAACCUUGCCCCAAAAUGGAAGUGGUCUCCCCAUGUAGGGUUGCAGUGGAGUGAUUGGCAUGUAGCCCACUGGGAUGCUGGGAGCUUACCUACACACUCCAUAUUCCAUUGCAGUGGCAGUGUGCUCAAACACACCCUUUUCUCUUGCUCUCCCUUUCCUGACAUUUGGUGAUUUGAUUCCCUCCCCCAAAACAUCACUUGUCCACGGUGUUCGGGAGUGUUGUGGGUUUUAUAAACAAGAUACCAGAACAGCAGCACUGCAUGGCCUCAUUGACCAAUGGCUUCAAAUCCCUGCUCUCUCCCCCUCUCACUUGAGCCUCAUCUCUUAGUGCAUGUUACUUCAUCACUGUAAAGUUGUAUUUGCAUCUUCUCAAGUUAUUUCUGCUUCUAACUUACUGUCUCCUGUCUCCUCUGAACUCUGUCCUGUCUGCUGCCUACUCAGAGGGAAAAUUGUCCACCAAGCUGUCAGUUUCAAGCCUGUAAAAUCUUGUCUACUGAGAUGGUCCUCAAUGGAGAGACAAAAGUGUGUAAAUCUUUUUAAAAUGACUUAAGAACCCUUCAACAGCAGAAACCAUAGACCACCUAUCUUUCCUUGAAUCAAGGAGAAAAAAAGGACUCCCAGAAAUAUAUUGUGGCAAUUCCUUUUUGUAAGACUGUAUGGUAAAUUGAUCUACUAGCUGGUUUCAACAUAUACUGCUCACGCACAUACACUCGAUGGACCAUUGCUCUGUGCCAAUCUUGUGUCUUGGGAGAAGCAGGGACCUUUUCCACAGAAUUUGAAGACAUGGGUGUUUUCCCUGAGUGAUGUACAAAUUGCCAAACUUUCUUCAGCUUCCCAUCUAUUUGCUCUGUGUCUGAUCUGAUAAGCAUGUAGAUGUUACACCUUACAGCUGUGCAACAACUGAUUUCUUGAUUCAAGCAUCUGCAAAGACUUUAUAAAAAAAAAAAAAAAAGCAUGUGGACACCAAAAAAACGAGGUCAAGCACCUUCUGCAUGGAGCCAUAUAAUCAAGAUGUGCCCUGUUGCCUCCCAGCAUUAUGAACAUUGCUUCAAAGUCUGCUUUCCCCUCUGACAUACCAAAAGAACACUGCAGGAAGACAACGCAUCUACUUUUAUCAUUUCUUUUUUUCUGCUACAAAGGUUUCCACUUGCUGAACUGAUGAGAGCUGUAUCAAGGACUUGUGGAAAGAGACUGUUUGGGGGUCAGGGUAUUCUGGCCAAAGUUGUGCUGUCAAUGACUGAAGUUUGUUCCUUUUCCACUUGUACUUUUACAUAAAUGCAUUUGUGAACAAUCAA